AUGAUCAGAGGUCUCAGUCAUGGGAAGUUUACAGGAGUCGUCCUCACCAAGUCCAUUGCAGAGAGCGUGUUGACAGCGCGGUUGCUGUCAGCCUUACGCGAAAAACGCGUGGACAUAGAUGAGACUGUCAAGGCCAUGCGCAAAGGGAAGGACAAGACCAAACAGGCAAUUCCAGACAAAACAAGCGAAGCAACCAAGUUUAUUCAGCCUUUGGUCGACGCCGUCGUGCAUAACCUACAGCCGUUCCUUGUUACCAUGGACCAAACAGCUACAAGCUCAGGUGACACCAAGGAAUUCCAGGACACGCAGCACGACAAUGCCAAACUCCGACAGAAGCUACAGCAAGCAGGUAUUCCAAUCACUCCGGUGAAGCGCAAGACUGUGCAAAAGGACACGGAGCAGGCUUUGUCAAGCCCGGACGAUGAGGAUCCCAACGAGCAAGAGCAAUCCGACAUCCUCAAUGACCCCACAGAUGUAUUGUCGGAUAAGCUUCCCUUCAACAUCGAGGACACCAAGGCGUGGGUGUCCAAUAUUCGCAAGGACCUCAGCGCAACACAGCAUAAGCAGUUUGACACCCAUGUCAACAAGAUGCUAAAAAUCAUUGAGGACAAGAAGUUCAAGCAGGAUGAGCUGCAGACCAUGGCCACAAGAUUUGGCCUUCUACUCCACAUGGUUACAGACGCUGUGGAUGAGCUCCAGACAGUGUUCCAAAGAGAGAAUGCUGUUCAUGCAAAAGUUAUGCUUCCCACGUUCAAGAACAAUUUCGCGCAGUUUCAUUCCAAGCAGCCCAUCAUCUACAUAGGAUCUACAAGGCUCAAACCAGCGCAGCGAGACUUCAAUCGAUUGGCGACAACACGACAGUUGCAGAACGGUGCGUUGCCAAAAGUGGAGGUGGCUAUCAGAUAUUGGGUGGACAAUGCCAAAAAUGGUCGGUUCAUUACCUUGGCGCUUAGCAGUCACAGUGGGUACCGUGAUGCAUGGGCUGCAGAACAUGCUACAAUCCAGGCAUGGCAGGCUCGUCUGAGUCAUCCAUUCAUCGCUAAGUUCUUGGUAAAGAAGGACAUGUGUGGAGCCAAUGCAUACUUUGACAACAAGGCCAAGUUCAUGGAGUGGUCCAUUCAAGCAAUGGACAGGUGGUUGGUCGACUUCAGCAAGGAUCUCCCCUACGGCUACAUCAUGAUGAAGCACAA